ACCCAUUUGAGCCGCGUGCGCAGUGAACGUCAUCUCUCCAGGCCACCAUUUCCGACCCUUACAACCACCACUUACCUCCACGACACACGGCACACGUCGCAUAUCUACCCUCUACACUCUCACUCUACGAACAGAAAAUCUCUGUAUAAACAUCGACCCUCUACAAACGUCAAGAUGAACCGCCUCUUCGGCUCCAAGCCCGCGGGCCCCAAACCCACCCUCAACGGCGCCAUAACCAACCUCGACACCCGCAUAUCCUCGCUCGACACCAAACUCAAAGCCCUCAACGCCGAACUCGGCGCCUACCAAGAAAAGCUCUCCCGCAUGCGCGAAGGCCCCGGAAAGCAAGCGAUGAAGCAGAAAGCCCUCAAGGUGCUGCAGCGCCGCAAGGCGUACGAGGCGGAGAAGGACAAGCUCGAGAGCCAGGUGUGGAACAUGGAGCAGGCGAGCAACAUGCAGGACAACCUGAAGAACGUGAUGACGCAGGUGGAUGCGAUGAAGACGACGAAUAAGGAGCUGAAGAAGCAGUAUGGCAAGAUUGAUAUUGAUAAGAUUGAGAGGUUGCAGGAUGAGAUGGCGGAUUUGAUGGAUGUGGGUAAUGAGAUUCAGGAGAGUUUGGCGAGGAGUUAUGAUAUUCCUGAGGAUGUGGAGGAGGAUGAGCUGGAUGCUGAGCUGGAGGCGUUGGGGAUGGAGGUCGAGAUGGAGCAUGAGAUGGGUGGUGCUGUGCCGGGUUUCUUGCAGGAUGAGGUCGUGCCAGAGUUUGUGGACGAGCCUCCUCAGACCGAGGACAAGGUGAAGCAGGUUGCUGGUUAACGAACGGCGUUGCUGGAUCACGGUGGACUUCUCGGAGAUUUCUACAUGGGUUUUGCUUGUCACGGCGUUGGUUAGGUUCGUAGGGUCACCCAAGCACAUCAUUUCACUCUUCCAUUAUUGUCAUGAAUACAUUAAACUUGUAGUUUCUACCUGUUGAAGAACAUCGAUCCUGAGUAUCCGCAGGUGUCCAGUACGCAUUUGUACACACAAGACAUCCAAUCGUACUGUAGCCAAUGGAACUCUUGAUGAUUCUGCAGUUAUUCUCGAUAAAGACCCUGUCAAGCCCAUAUAACCCAACUCCCUCGCUCAAAAGAAUGCUUUCUGAGAUAUACGUUUAUGGUCCAGAAUUACAGAUCUAGUCGACUGUUGCAAAGAAUCGGACAGCUUCUUCCAAUGCGGGAUCCUUAUUACAGAAAUCCCACCCAACAAUCGUUGGGGUUUGACUACAGCAAAUAAUUUUAUGCGCG